AUGGCGCUCCGCGCUCAACAAUUCCCGCUCGGCCGAAAUGGAGACUGUAGAGAGGAGGUACCUACACCGGAUGACGAUGUCAGAACUGAGUACGCUGGGGAUGAGCUGAAAGUUAAAAUGGCAGACACAGCAGAAAGCGUGCUGUGUGACCCGGUGUGAAUGGAGUUUGAGAGAAAGCAAAACCACCUACAGCUGUCAGCUGAAUCGGAAGGCUAGUUCCCAGCUUCACCGAAGAGCACCUCAACUAAUACAAGCCAGCUUCCAGAGACUUUCGGUAAGACACUGGGUGUGCAGCUCCAGCCUGGGGACACGUCGCUGGAUGCCAUGUAUGGCUUCAUCAACACCUGCCUGCAGUCUCUCGUCACAGAGAAAUUCGGUGAAGAGACGUGGGAAAAACUGAGGGCUUCUGCAGAAGUGCAAGAUGUCUUCAUGACCUACACCGUGUACGAUGACAUCAUCACCAUUAAGCUCAUCCAAGAAGCCUGCAAGGUUCUGGAUGUAUCCAUGGAAACCAUUCUGAAGCUCUUUGGCGAAUACUUCUUUAAGUUUUGUAAGAUGUCUGGCUACGACAGGAUGCUGCGGACUCUGGGAGGAAAUCUCACAGAGUUUGUUGAAAACCUCGAUGCCCUCCACAGUUAUCUGGCACUGUCUUAUCAGGAAAUGAAUGCACCAUCCUUUCGUGUGGAGGGCAGGGUUGACGGGGCAAUGCUUCUCCAUUACUACUCGGACAGAAGUGGUCUGUGCCACAUUGUUCCAGGCAUCAUCGAAGCUGUGGCCAAGGACUUCUUUGACACUGAUGUGGCCAUGUGCAUCCUCGACGUGAAUGAAGAGGUGGAGAGGACAGGGAAAAAAGAGCACGUCGUGUUUCUGGUUGUGCAGAAGGCUCGCAACCAGCCGAGAAAGGCAAAGGCAAACCGGCCACCAGACAGUGAGGACACCCAGACGGACCAGGAGGCUCUCCAGGGAACACUCCUUAGGCUGAAGGAGAGAUAUUUGAACAUCUCUGUUUGUCCCGGGGGGAAAUCUGACUUGGAUGUUGCGAGGCCAUCAGCCGUGUUUGGAAAAGGGCUCCUCACCUUUCAGCCUGUCUAUCCAGAGAGACUGUGGAUUGAAGAGGAGCUGUUCUGCAAUGCGUUUCCUUUCCACGUUGUUUUUGAUGAAGCACUAAGGGUCAAGCAAGCAGGAGUGAACAUUCAGAAGUAUGUCCCCGGACUCCUAACCCAGCAGUUCCGAGUAGAUGAGUAUUUCUCCAUCAUCCACCCUCAAGUCACCUUCAACAUCUCCAGCAUCCGCAAGUUCAUUAACAGUCAAUUUGUCUUGAAGACGCGUAGAGAACUGAUGCCCAAAGCAUGGAAGAACCAGCCGACACUCCAACUCCGGGGCCAGAUGAUCUGGAUGGCGUCUCUGCAGUGCAUGAUCUUCGUGUGUUCGCCAAAGCUCUGCAGCCUCCAAGAGCUGGAAGAGAGCAAGAUGCAUCUUUCCGACAUCGCUCUCCACGACACCACCAGGGACCUCAUCCUCCUCAACCAGCAGAGGCUGGCGGAGAUGGAGCUGUCCCGCCAGCUGGAGAGGAAGAAGGAGGAGCUGCGCGUCCUCUCCAAGCACCUGGCCCUCGAGAAGAAGAAGACAGAGACCUUGCUGUAUGCCAUGCUGCCUGAACACGUGGCCAACCAGCUCAAGGAGGGCAAGAAGGUGGCCGCAGGAGAAUUUGAAACGUGUACCAUCCUCUUCAGUGAUGUGGUGACGUUCACCAACAUCUGUGCGGCCUGUGAACCUAUCCAAAUAGUGAACAUGCUGAACUCCAUGUACUCCAAGUUUGACAGGUUAACCAAUGUCCACGAGGUCUACAAAGUGGAGACGAUAGGCGACGCUUACAUGGUGGUAGGUGGUGUACCAGUGCCUGUUGAAAGCCAUGCCCAAAGAGUUGCUAAUUUUGCUUUGGGGAUGAGAAUAUCUGCAGAAGAAGUGAUGAACCCUGUCACCGGAGAACCCAUCCAGAUCAGAGUGGGGAUCCACACCGGACCCGUCUUAGCAGGCGUUGUGGGAGACAAGAUGCCUCGGUACUGCUUGUUUGGCGACACUGUAAACACAGCCUCCAGGAUGGAGAGUCACGGGCUUCCCAACAAAGUGCACCUGAGCCCCACAGCCUACAGAGCCUUGGAAAACAAAGGGUUUGAAAUUGUCCAGAGAGGUGAAAUUGAAGUGAAGGGAAAAGGGAAAAUGACCACAUACUUUCUGAUCCAAAACCUGAAUGCCACCGAGGAUGAAAUCAUGGGGCGACCUACAGCCCAUCAGGAGGGUAAAGAAGCAAACACUCCUGGAAACCAAGACAGGAAGCCCUGUGCUGUCCCGAGGUACAUGGACAACCAGCAGCAACCCCACAGAGAUGAAGCACACGCUGCUGAUGAAACCACACCUGCUGGGAGCCCUGUGGCAGGGCUGGACUCCACGGAUCCAGCCAAUGGCCAGCUAUCACCAGAUCAGACCAAGACGACUGUCCUUGCUAGUGGCCCUGUGCCAUCUGCCUUCUGUGUUGUGUUGUAAACAAGAGAAAAAAGACAAACCUACUGGACCCAUUUCCUUUAUUCCAUGGCAGCAAAGAAAAUUGAUUUACAAUAAUUCAGAAGUUCAAAAUGUCUUCAAUUCCAUAGCUCCCUCAGCACCUCUUUGGGAAUAGAGGAC